AUGUCGGACAUGGGCGCAUCCUCAUCGCCUUUGCUGACACCUCGCAUUGCAAUCAUCGGUGGAGGUCCGAGCGGUCUAGUGACUCUCAAGACGCUCCUCUCUGGCGUUCCCUCGCAUUUCCAACCUCGUGUAAGCCUAUUCGAAGCAGAGGAGAGCAUAGGUGGAACGUUCAAGUACAGAAGCUACCAGAAUGGACAAUUGGUAUCUUCCAAGCAAUUGACUGCCUUUUCGGAUUUCAGACUGCCCUUGGAUGCGCCGGAUCAUCUGUCUUUGGAAGCGUACGUGCAGUAUUUGGAAGAUUACACGAGUCAUUUCAAGCUGAAGGAAAAGGCGCAAAGGUUCGAAUUGGGUGCACGAGUGAUCCGCGUGCGCCGAACAGCCUCUACCACGGGGCAAGCGGGUGUAGGACAUGUGGUGCGGUGGAGGGGAGCGGAUGGCAAGGUGGAAGAGGACACGUUUGAUCAGGUUGCUGUAUGCGCAGGCUUGCACGUCACCCCUGCCUUUCCCGAUAUCCCUGGAUUGCCAAUUCCUCAAGUAGCAGAUUCUGAAGCUGAAGAGGUGCGCAAAUUGCGCGGAAGCACGUCCGAGGCGGAUCGAGCGCGUCAGGCUGCCCUCACACCAGCGCAGCAAAGGAUCAAGGCGAUGCACUCUAGCAUUUACAAGGCACCGCAUAUAUUCAAAGAGAAAUCUGUGCUCAUAUUGGGGACAGGAGAGACCGGCAUGGACUUGGCUUUUGCUGCUGUCAAGGGUGGCGCAAAGGAAAUCGUCAUGAGCACCAGGCAAGGCUUCCUCUCCGUGAGUGGCGCGACGCCUUUCUCCGAGGCGUGCCCAGAAAAGGGCAAGCAUGACCGCAGGCACUUGUGUAUGCAAGUGUGUCCCAAGAGCUGUGUGUGCCGUCCGCUGAUCUUCUUGUUGACGCCGCAUACAUCUCGACACUCUUCACAUAGUUUCCUGCCGUACUAGAGAACUUUACCUUUCUUGGCGUCACCUUUGAUCGUCCAACACCGAUCGACGGUUUGAUCACGAAUCUCUUCGAGACCAGUCACGUUCACCCAUGGGUCGCACGUUCACACUUGCGCUGGUUCGUGUCGGACAUGAUCAUCAAGCGUGUGCUGUGGGUCUUGACGGGUACCAUGGCGGGAUGCAACCAAUGGGUCGGGGAAUUGCCUCCUCACAGACUAGGCAGAGCCUAUUCGCAUUUGAACAAGUCCAACAAGGCCAUACCAUACCUCAACAAGGGCAACAAGAAUAGACCGUGGAUCAUGGAGAAGAUUGCAAAGUAUCUGGACCCUCCGCACGUGCGCAAAGAUGAACCCGGGGUGGAAUUGGCUCCUUUCCCCGAAUCGGUCGACGAAGAUGGACGGGUACGCUUCCUAAGAAACGAGCGCAAAGAAGAUUUCAAGAUGAGGAGCAGAACAAUCAAGCCUGAUCUGGUCAUGUUCGCAACGGGCUAUCAACAGAGCUUUCCAUUCUUCGACGAGACCUAUCCGGUACCUGCUCAAGCUACAUGUCGAGACAUUUUUUCGCACGACGAUCCUAGCAUCGCCUUUAUAGGCUACGUCCGACCUGGUGUCGGAGCUAUUCCUCCUCAGAGCGAAUUAGCAGCUCAACUGUGGACCUUGGUGAUCUCGGGACAGCUCGAGGCGCCCACUAGCAAAGCUCACUAUCACCUGCUCACCAGACCGGAGGCUAGGCUCAAGUACGGCGUGGACUACAGCUCGUACGUGAGCCAAUUGGCGAGGGACAUGGGCUGCGAACCGCGCUUGAGGGAUCUGUACCGCGAUUACGGUCUUCAGAUCCUCUUCAUCUUUUGCUUUGCCGCCGCUUUUCCCACGGUGAGUCCCGCCGCAUCGUCUCGCGCCAUCUUCUUCAUUCCUAGCAUUCGGCUCAUGCUUUGCUUCCUCACCUUUCCCCCCCGCCGCACAGCUCUAUCGCCUUGAAGGUCCUUGGAAAUCUUCCACCGCACCUCAAAUUUGUCGCACAGAGAUCCUAGAAACCAUCACUCGGAGGGGCGUGGGUGGUAACCUGAUGAUGGGCGUCAUUCCCAUGGUCUUCUACGCACUCGUCACUGGACUGGCUCAUGUGAUCGAAUUCACCCUCGAGCUGGCCCUGCUCGUAGCGCCCACUCCAACCAGAGCUGUGCUUGGAGCUCUAGACUUGCCAGAGUGGUUCACACUUGAUGGACGGAAGGCAGCAACGAAGCUGAAAAAGGCAUAG